UGGACGGUGGAACAUAUCUGACAAAACUUAGCAAUGCAAAAGCAACAUUUGCGACCUUUUACCGGAAGACAGUAACAUGAGAUGGUUUAACACUGGUACAAUAUGAUGGAGGGCCAAUGUUAGCCCAGCUACACUGGUGAGGCACGCAGAUGAAACCCCACGUGGCCAUGGAUGUCGGUGAUACUAUCUACCCGGCCUGCCUUUGGCACACCGACGCAGAGAGCAGUCCGGAGGAAACGCUGACCACAUACGUGGAGCAGGCCAUGGAGAGCUCGCCCUUGUUCCAAAGACUAGAGGCAGACUUGAAAGAGUGCCGAGACUGCAUGGGCGUGUACCAUGAAGCCAGGGAGCGACUGAUACAGAGGGACCUGGCGUACGAUCAGGAACUGUUUGAGCUGGAAGGGAGACGGUUGACGGAAACCUUGAGCAGAGACUCGGACGAGCAAGACAUCUUGGUGCCUGUCACUGAGGUGCUAUGGCAUCCUUUUCUCCUUUUCAAUCCAAACCUAGAGGCAGCGUUCUGCAGGAGGCUGUUGGAACUGGACGAGACUAUCGGACUAGAAGGAUUCCUCACGGAAUGCAUCCCUACCAUGUACCUUCUCUUGAUACAUCCAAACAAAGAGGUCCGUGACCUUGCCUGGCAGUGUCUGCAACAGCCUGAGUACCACAUAACAUGCAACAACUACGAAGACAUUAGUCAGGUACUGCAUUGGGUCAUCUCGGCACAGAUGACGGGUCUGGCCACGGCCUCAGCCAGAGGUCAGAUGCCAGAGGUCAUCCGCUCCCCAAACCAGGUCAAGAAACUGCCUGCUCAUCUCCUGUGUACUGCUUCAAAAGCUGCUUACUGGCAAGGAGUUGCCCAACUUCUUGAGAUAUUCAACCUGGAGGCUCUAAAACACGGCUUCAUGAUGUCCAAAGACGUGAAGAACCUCAUCCCAACGUUGAUUGACCAAAUCUCCGACAACACCCCAGCGGGAGCAGAAGAUGGUCCAUCCCCCUUCUGGCCCCAGCUGCGGUGUCUGACGUCUCUCAUGGACAAACUGGGCAGCACCAUGUGGCAAGACGUGUCCAAGGCACAAAUUGAGAACAUCUUUGACAUCAUCAAGGGCCAGCCCGUUUUCACGGCGGCAAUUUGCGACAUGAGUGAAUGCAACAUUGGGGAGCUCCCGUCCUCCUUUGAGACUUCCGUCAGUCCGACUGAACCCUUCCUGUGGAUGACGUCUUACAUCAACUCCCUAUUGGAUUUUGGCAAAUCAGCGUCCGAUAACAUCACAGGGGUUAACAACUUCCUGUGCAACAACCUCAUGGACCUGUUCGGUUCCAAAUCCGACCUUUCCCUGGAUUUGCUGAUCGCAAAGUUCAUGCGCACGCUGGUCAAGGUCCUCCAGAGCUUGCUGAAGACGUCCCUUCUCUGUCAUCUGGUCGGAGAGAUCCAGACAAGCAUGUGGCUCAAGACGUGCCUGACCUUUCUUCAGCGGUAUCCGCCGGUCCGUGCUCAGCAGGUGAUCUCUGUCGUCGUCGACGUGGCCAACAGCUCUCGCCAGUUCCUGAUUGAUGUCUUCAAGCUGGCGGGGAAGAGUAAACCGAACGUCGGAAGAUCCACGCAAUUCAUCAAGAUGCUUGGACUGCCCCUGCAGCCUUCUGCUAGAGCAGGUAGCAUCUUCUCUCCAAGCAGCUCGCAGAUGAAGUUAUGGGAAAUCGAUAUGGAGGGCGGAGAGUUUGAUGGGUGUGCCACAUUUCUGGAAGAAGCUCUCCAAGAGCACCCUUCGGCCAUUUCUGUUUCCAGCUUCAGCAUCUCACGAGGGAGGCGAGAUGCAGCACGGGCCUCUGCGUCAACAACACAGUUGCCAUUCAGUCACCCCAAGAAAAGCCCUCACAAGUCUAAGCUCGGAGGCCGGCUCUCGGCCACCCCUAAAACAACCAAAGAUGCGAGUGCACGCGAGCGGAACUUGUUCACCGAUGUUGAAGCCGGCAUGAGUCCUAAGCACGCCUCCAAGCCUCAUGAGGUCGAGGCCGUGCAUCCUCCCGCAACGACUUCCAAGCUUGCUGCGCCUGUCUCGACCAAGUCUGCGAAGAAAAAAGCGGCCAGCUCACCGCGGAUGCCCUCCAGCGCGGCUCCCUCGACGUUCCAGCCCGGAAGAACCGGCAAGCCAAACAGGUCCUUCCAGAGCUCAAGCGAUGAAAUUCUUCUUAUCUCGGACGUGACCUCAGAUGAGGCCUCUAGCAUGUCUAGAAUGACGGCAGGAGGACAAACGUCCAGCGAUGAGCACGUCAUUACCUGCUACAUGGCAGACACUAAUGAAAGAUCCUCCACUAAUUCCCAGAGUGAUAACAGCCAAGAGGAGGAUGGCAUUACCUGCUACAUGUCAGACACUAAUGACAGAUCCUCCACUAAUUCCCAGAGUGAUAACAGCCAAGAGGAGGAUGGCAUUACCUGCUACAUGUCAGACACUAAUGACAGAUCCUCCACUAAUUCCCAGAGUGAUAACAGCCAAGAGGAGGAUGGCAUUACCUGCUACAUGUCAGACACUGAUGACAGAUCCUCCACUAAUUCCCAGAGUGAUAACAGCCAAGAGGAGGAUGGCAUUACCUGCUACAUGGCAGACACUAAUGACAGAUCCUCCACUAAUUCCCAGAGCGAUAACAGCCAAGAGGAGGAUGGCAUUACCUGCUACAUGGCAGACAAUAAUAAAAGAUCCUCCAGUAAUUCCCAGAGCGAUAACAGCCAAGAGGAGGAUGGCAUUACCUGCUACAUGUCAGACACUAAUGACAGAUCCUCCAGUAAUUCCCAGAGCGAUAACAGCCAAAACGAGGACAUCAUUAGCUGCACUGCUGAAGACAUUUAUGGAAAAGUCCCCGUUGAUCUCCAAAGUGACAACAGCCAAGCCGGGUCAGCAGAUGCUUUUCGGGAUGACAUCCAGCAUGCUCAGAAAGCGAAAUGGCGGCCGACUGUUUCGAUAGAAGUCAUUCCAGAACUUGAAGAUGUCACAGAGUCGGAGGGCCAGUUUAUCAUUACUUCAGAGGAUCCACUGAGAAUAAGAAGGGCGGGACAGAGAAGGAUCAAGAGGGAGUUGAACUCUCCCACUAACAGCGAGAGCUCCCUUACUGAAGUCGACGUCUGGGGGAAUAAGCCAAAGUCAUCAAGGAGAAAACAAAAGAAGACCAAGCGUUUUCAACGUUUGCGAGAGCUUGAGAGUUCAAGUGAUGAGAGUUCAAGUGGUGCUAGCCCUGGGCCUUCCAAAACACUGCAAUCCACUCCCCCAAAAAUCCUGAGUACGGUUUGGCAGGCCUCCUCUAGUUUAUCAUCGAGCAGUCCGUUGAGCAGUCCACGGAAAUAUCCCAGGGACAGACUGUCUCGGACAAGAAAGCUGAGGAAGAUUAAGAGAAUGCCAACCUACUCAUCUGACGAAAAUGAGUUUCGACCCGAGGGUGCUGAAACCCAUCUGCUUGGAGUAAAGAAGGAGCCAUUACCUGAUGAUGAAGCAGCUUCUUCUGAAGAGGCUUCUCAAAGCUUACUACUGCCGACUGAAGUCAAGGAAGAAGGCAGUCAAGAGAGCAAUAAGAAAAAGAUCCAGGAAUGCCCUGGAGAAGGAGGCACUGAGAGCAGUAAUCUGCUGCCACUCUCUGAUGACAACGAUCUUGAUGCCCCGAUUUCUGUCUCUGAUGACUCUGAUUUUGCACCACCGGAGUAUGUGGCAUCUGACACCGAUGAAAGCAUGGAUUGGCAAGCUCAGACGAGAACAACAGAGGUCACUCAGAUGGAAGUAUCAGAAGAGGUCGACAAGAGGAAGCAAUCAAAAGAAAUCACCGGAAAGAAUAAAAGCUUGUUCUCUGUAGAUCAAAAUCAUGACUAUCUUGAAGAUGCUCUGAGUCCAGUCUCUGAUGAUUCUGAUACUCUAGCAGAGGACUCUAUGACGCUCAAAGGUGACGACGUUUGCAAAAGCAAAGGAGCUGUCGUUCCAAUAGUAGAGAUCCAGACUUCACAUCAAGCGUUAAAGGAAGAAGGAUCAGAAAAAAGGAAAAAGCAGAUGCGUCCCUCCGCUGAAGAAAAUACUAGGAGCAGUAAUCGCCCACUGCUGUCUGAUAACCAAGCCAUGGACUAUCUUGAAGGUUCACUAAGUCCAGUCUCUGAUGACUCAGACAGUAAUGACUCCAGUAACAGUAAAAGUAUGCUCACACAGCAGGUUUGCAAAACUGAGAAAGUUGCAUCCGGCCCGACUCCCAUCGAGUUUAACUGCCCAACGCCAGAGCUGAAGCGUUCCAUUGACAAGCUGGUGUCUGCAAUGCGCAGCGAUGACAGCAACAGUUCCGAUUCCAGUAUUCCAAAUGUUGCCCAGACCUCCCCCUUAAUCAGCAGUGAUGAAAGUACACGUAUGUCACCUAAUUCUCCAGAGAAUUCCACAACCGUCCCCGCUGAUCAGCAACAGGAAGACGUCAAGCCAGAGAUCCACUUUGUAAGGUUCAGGAGAACAUCAGCUUCUCUCUCCAACCCGCAGUCCAGCCAGGGCUUCAGUGACAGCUUCUCCUUCACAGAGGAUCGCCAAGAAUCGGAAGAGGUCAUUGACUUGGACAACUACAACUGCAGCGAGCUCUACGAUGAGGAUCCACUGAGCCAGCUGAUUGAAAUUUCAAGUGAUGAUGAUGAUGUUGAUCUGGACCAAUCAGAAGCUCAAUUGAAGAUUGACUUGGAUGCUCCAGUCAAACAGGAACCGGAAGAUGACCUGCAUCCUCCGAAUCAAGUGAUGACAGGGUUUCAACGAAUCCACUCGCCUAGUCUGUUGGACGAUCGUGAUUACCUAUGUGCACUCCAGGACCAUGAGGAAGCCACAUGGUUCAACGACGAUGAGGAUGAUUACCAUCAAGACCCAGAAGAGGAAGAUGCAGUUGCAGAGAAAAGACCAUCUGGAGAAGGAAGGAUGGAGCUGGAAGAGGAAGACAUUGCCACAAAGGAACCAUCAUCUCGCUCCUCCAGCCCCUUGGUCGAUGCAGCAGUGGCAAGUGCUCUCCAGGACCAAGAGGACCCCGUCUGGUUUGAUGACAGUCCUCUCGACAAAGAGGCAGAAGUAGAGGAAGCAGGAGAAGGUUCACUGCAAGAGGAAGAGAACAAAUCCAAACACGAGACAACGUUCGAAGAAGAAAUGGAGGAUUUUACUGAAAUGAUAGCAGCUGCAGCGGAAAGGGCACUGAAAGCCACUUCACAACAAAAGAAGAGGAAAACGAAAGACGAAACCCGCAGUCCCAAGAAAGUGCGUAAAAUUUCUGUCAGGAAGCUUCAAUCCGUACCCGGAGCUUCACAAAGUGGGGGCACAAAAGCCUCUACCUCUGCACAGUCCGAUGCUCCUGCACCAGUCAGCUCUGUCAGCGAGCCCAGCUCCCCUCUGCCCAAAGUCCAAGGCUCCUGGAAGCAUUCCAAUUUCCACCAGCCGGAGUUCACACCAACAGAUGCUGAGCCCCUCAAGAGAUUCCGGGGCAGCAACGAGGACCCCGAGUUAACAGACAUGUACGUCCUGGACAGCAGUCAGCAAAAAAGGAAACCCCGAGCUGCGAAUCUGGAGGAGGACCGGCACACGGCGACCGUUCAGUCUUGGGUCAACAGGUUCAGCUCCCGGACGGGGAGUCUCUUCCAGACGAUGAAGGAAGGCCCGCCAACAGCACAGAAGGGACACCAGGGCAAGGCGGCAGUGCCGCCCCCAAAAAUAAGACAUUCGUCCGGUCCUCCUUCCGUUUUCAAGACCGGUAAAAGUCUGGACACUAGCUCAUCGGUUACAAGAACUUUGUCAUCUUACGUGGAAACACUACCACACUAUGCCCAGACUGUUUAUGCACAUGCGACUGUUACCGCAUCUUCCAUCCCACAAAUCGCUGGAGGGCAGAGUUCAGUUCUACCAGCCGAUCCGUCCACUUUGUCAUCAAGUGGAAUUGAUGGAGGGAGCAGAAACGAUGAUGCGAACGCACCUGAACAGCAAACCGAUUCCGAACCUGGGAGUCCUGUUGUCGAUAAUGUUCCGUUGGUCUCGCAGCUGCGAUUCCAGUUCUUCACUUCGGAUCCCCAGACGGCGCAGACAGCUGCCAGCCUCCCUUCUCUUGUUAACAAUGGCUUAGUCAGCAAUUCAUCAGCUGCCGCUACUACGGAGCAAGGUCAAACCUCGACAUCCACCAACAAGUCAUUGAGAACUCCAACAGAAGCACCUCCCGCUAACUCUGGACCACCACCCCAACGGAAUGUAUCCCAGCCAGGAAGAUCCAGCAGGGGAGAAGCAUCCAACUCAAAGCCAAAGGAAGCUACCACGGGUCCUGCAGUGUCGUUGCAGCCACGAGCAGCAGUUCAGCUUCCAAAGACUGCUAGCUUCUCCGAGAUAGAUCUGUUCUACUGGGUGAUCGGGUGGAACAGUCAGUGGCUUGAUAUCUAUGGUCCGCCGGCAGAGGGUCAACCGCCCACUUCGGUUCCUCAGGCUAUUUUGGCAGACUGUCCUUACAAGAGACUCCUUGAUGUUCCAUUUGCCUUUGAUUCUUUGGAGGACUAUUACAGAGUCUUUGUGCCUCUACUACUUCAUGAAAUAUGGGCGCAGAUACACAAUAACUCUGACGUUAAGAAGCCUAGUCUCACUGCUGCGUUUGUUGAAUGCAAACACAAAGAGCAGCGACCAACUGGUUUUUUGCUGAACUGUUCAUUCAGGGUGCCAGCAAGUGAUGGGGCUUGUCCCAUCAGCCCUAACGAUGUCAUCAAGGUGUCCCCCAGCGAUAGCGCAGCCUGUGGCUGGUGCCCGUUGCUGGCUGUGGUCACCGGUGUUAACCCGGUCGUCCCCAAGGUCACUGGCGCCAGGAAUCUGACCAAUCACAAUGCACAAACUAAUGGACUCAAUGGACAUCAGGCCACAGAGAAAUUGUUUGAAGUCUCGCUGCUCAUUCUGGCUAAAAAUGAGGAGACAUAUCGAGCGCUAUCGUCCAGCAUAGGCCACAAAGUCCAGCUGAAGGUUCUCCACUCCCUCGUGUCUGCAGCACGUCAGUUCCAAGGCCUGACAUCCUUCCACAAGUGUGGUCUCCUGGCCUCCGACAUCUUGAGGUUCCGACGGAUAGAUGUCUUCUGCCCACCUCCCCCGAGUGCAGCAUGGAAUGCGAAACCACAGGAUAAAUCCCUGAACCCGUGCCAGCUGCAAGCCGUCAGCGUCGCAUCCAUGGCUGUCGCGUUGCCCGACACCCUGCCCAGAAUCUGCCUGGUGAACGGGCCCCCGGGAACGGGCAAGACGAAAACGGUCAUCGGACUCGUCAAGAAAAUCCUGGAGGGUCAUAAAGCAAAGCAACACCAGCAACGUCUUCCAGGCGAGCGCAGUGGCAACUCAACAGCCAAGCCUCCCCCAAUCAUGCUCUGUGCUCCCUCCAACCCCUCCAUCAACGUUCUACUCAGGCGGCUGACGGGGGAAAUUCCCACGACCUUCUUGCAUCAAGCCCAGCCUAGCAAUAGAGGGGCCUCCAGGCGGUAUCACGUGGUGAGAGUGUGUGGACAGUCUGACCUGGUCCACCCAAGCGUCAAGAAGUUCAGCCUGGACAGCCAAGUACAAGCCAAGAGAGACCAGGAAUCUGAAAAGAUUUUGCUCAACAAAAAUCUGAAGACUGAGAGGCGGGAAAAACUGCAGGAGAGGAUAACAGAGUUGGGAACAGCCUGCGGCCGACACAAUCUGGACGGUGACUUGAAACAGUUGCGCAAGGCCAAGGAGGAGAAGGACCGACUCAUCAAGGACUUGAAGAUGGUCAACGCCCGCCUGGAGGACCUGAGACGACAGAAGAAUGAGGUGGACAACCGACCCAACUCCCACUACGAGCAGGUCAUCCUGGAGAGCGCGGACAUCGUCUGCUGCACCGUCAAUGGCAGCGGCAAUGAGCUGCUGCAGGGGACCGGCGCAGGGGGUGGCGCAAGGGACGGCACAAGGGACGGCAUACGCCGGAAAAUGAAGUUCUCCUGUGUCAUUGUGGAUGAGGCCAAUCAGUGCACGGAGCUGGACUCCAUCAUCCCACUCCAGAACUGCUCCAUGAAGGUCGUGCUGGUCGGUGACUCCCAGCUGAUACCCGCGUCGGUUGCUUCUAAGGAAGCUCACCAGCACGGCCUGCACCGGUCCCUGUUUGAGCGUCUGUGCACUUGGUUCCAGUCGGGUCGGACCAACUCGCCACCCAUCCUUCCCCUAGAGAGACAGCACCGCAUGCACACGGACAUAGCCGCCUUCCCUUCCAAGCACUUCUACAAGGGAAACCUGCAAAGCGACAAAAACAUGGCCAAGCGGAGGUUGUCAUUCUUUCUGUACCCCUACCUCGUCUUCAAUGUCGUCCAAAGCAAAGAAUUGCGAAUUUCAUCAAGGUCUUUCACCAACGAGGCUGAAGUCAAAAUGGUCUUGGCCCUUUACCGCAGGAUCUGCAAUGAAAAAAUGAUAGACAAUGUCAUGUUGUCCGAGCCACUGAGCAUCGGGAUCAUUGCGCCUUACAAGGACCAGGCUAGCUACCUCAACCUUUGCCUAAAGAAGGCUGAAAAGGAACUGACUGCAUCCUCGCCGGAAAAAUUCAAGUUACCUCAUGUAGAGAUAUCGACAAUGGAUCAAUUUCAGGGUCGUGAGAUGGAGGUGGUCAUAGUCACCUGUGUCCGUACCCAGGCCUCUUCGUAUUGUCUGGGGUCAUCGUGUGGUCUUCCUUCCAACUUCCUGAACGAUAGAAAGAAAAUGAAUUUUAUCCUGACGAGAGCCCGUUACUGCCUGUACAUAGUGGCCAAUCUGUCAUCCCUCCAGAACAGCAAGGAUUGGGGGGCCUUGGCAGCCGACGCCGAAAGGCGGCGACGCGUCAUCCAUGUCCCCGUUAACGACUUCAAGAGGGCAGCCGCCCGCUGCAAGAAAGUACCCGGCCAUCCGCCUCCCGGCAAAGCCCAGUCCAACAGGGCAGCAGCCCAGGAGCCUCAGUCCCUAGCCCAAACAAGCUCUGGAAGUCCAAAACAGACGGUAGAGGGUGGCCUCGCACCUGGAAGCGGGAGUACCGGCAGCAGAUCCACAGGGUUGCCAAGUAAAGCCAAACAUAAGUCUUCAUCCUUAUCUAAACAAGGAUCGCAAAACAAUGGGUUCACAGAAAGGACAGAGGUCCCACAGGUCCCUGGAUUAACACCGGCGAUAAAUUCUCACCGCUCAGCAAAAGCCAAGAAAACCACCUCUUCGUCCCAAAAGAAGGUGACUUUUCAAGAGGCCCUCGACAAAGGCUCAUCACGUAGCGGGGCAUCGUUGUUGCCGAAACCAAUGCAACGAAACCCAGAUAUCCAAUCGCAGGGGAAGCAGCAGAACCCAUACAGACUGGCUAUCAGGUCCCCGCCUAAAAGCCCAGGGACCAGGAGGUCUCCUAAACUGUCUCCUAAACUGCCUCACUACCGACAGAUCCUGAAGAAGCACCUCUUCAUGGCAGGGGGAAGCCCUCACAGGCAUCCAGGACGAAGCAGCCCCGCAAGGAUCAGGGAGAAUAAGUUGACCCAGUCGAGAGUUCAGGGGUUGUCAUCCACGAGUGCCAGACUCCCAAGAACCCAGGAAGCUUCUCUUGGAAGCCCGUCAACCAGCUUGAGUGCUCAAGCUGGUCCCGUCCCAGACCCUCUCUCAUCUGUGCAUGCUGGGCCUGGAUAUGUGAGGUUGGCCACCACACCAACCAAGAACCACCUCCCAGUGAGGAUGGCAAAUCAGUCCCAGAAGGAGCCUGGUCACAUCUCAGGGGAUAGGACCUCUGUCGGAAUGACAAACUCCAGGCAAGAAGGAAUUCCUGUACUGAGGGAGAGUGGAGUACAUCCUGCACAGCAUGAUGUCCACUCCAAGCUUGUGGAGGACCCACAACCAGCUUCACUCGCAGAGACACGUAGCCCAGCGAAAGGACUCCCAGUCCAGCAGCCCAACAGGAACCUGACCGGUACAAGCUCAGCGGAGCAGCUGCAGAUUACCAUAGAAAACCUCAAGAGCCGUGUUGGGAAGGAGAAGAGAACUAUGCCCCUCUCUGGUCUCCAACCGGAUCCCAAACUGGCCCGGCGGCGCCGGAGGUGGGGUUCAGGAGCAACAGCUCCCACAGCCACAGCUCCCACAGCCACAGCUCUCGAUGCAGAACCCGGAAACUCUAACGGAUCUGAUGGCCCUACCCGUAUUCCGUAUUUACCCAGUAGUGACUCAGAUUAACCUGUACUGGGCUCCUACUGCUGCACAUUUUCAGGCAAGCCACACAGCUCAUUUUCCGAGACACCACACUGCCAAAAAAAAAAAUUAUCCUACAGGAAUAUAUUGUUUAUCGCCAAAACACUUUGGCAGUCCUACAGCCACAGAUAGUAAAGGUCUUGGCAGUUUUGGGGUGAAACGGUGCCAUUGAUAACAUUUUGCGUGCAGUGUGCCAAUAAGCUUGACAUCAGUUGCGCGUGGUUUUGUUUUUCAUUAAAUGAAGAAUUGUAAUUAGUCUGCCAAAGUUAACAUCAUCUGUUCCUCCCCAAUCCUUCGAAAAAAACAAUGUUGCAGGUUCAGAUGGAGCCCAGCCGCUAUUGACCUAUCGCGGUAGAAUCGUGUCAACGCAGCUUGUGAAAUACUGUCCAUUCACGUGAUAUUGAAAUGGAUGCGGAACGCACAACAUCUGAGGCAAACAAAAUUUUACAUGCUAAAUUCCAUUAGGUUGCCGAAGGGGCGUG